AUGGAGCUGAGACACGACGCCAGCCGCAAGGAGAACGUGCCCCUCAGGCCUGCGACGCCCCUGAGGCCAGGCAAGAGGCUUGAGCGACGGAGAUUUCCGAAGAGCAGAGGUGUCGGCCGGGGCAGCGGACAUGGCCGGUGGGUGCGCGAGUGCCCGGCUGAGAGGGAAGGGCCUGCCACCAUACGCUCCCCGGGGGCAGAGCGGCGCCAGGAGCCCUGCCGGGUCCAGACCAACCUGGCCGGCGCAAGCCUCGUCCUGAAGGACGCAACUGGCCGGCUGGUGAACUCAGGCUUGCAACAGCAGAGCAACCUGCAGACCCCGGCCAGCAGGCCCCAGGGGAGAGCCCGAGAGCUUGUCGUCCAGCAGAGUAACCUGAGCAUAAGGGGGACCAGCUUGGCCGAAGGCAGGAGUCACCUCAGCCCCCGCCUCCGGUCAGAGCUUCAGGGCAGCUUCUGGCCCCACCCGAUACCCCAGGGAAGCCCUCUAUCCCGAGCGUCACUGGCUAACCCACCCUCCAGCCUGAGACAGUCCCGGUGGCUGGGCACAGACACCCCCUGCCCAGACGUCCAGCCUGCUGCAGGCUUCGCCUCUCUCAGUGGACACACACUUCCAGGCUCCGGACCCUGGUGUGUCCUGGGGAACUGGCCCCCUAGGCUCAUGGGGGAGCCCCUCACCCUGGAGGACCUGACUGUCCCGGUCCAGAGCCAGGCUCGGGCCCCAUCCCAGACUGCCAUCCACCAGCUGCUGGCCUCUGUGCGACACCUGGAGCACGAGGUAGCCCGUCUCGGGUGCCGGGCCUCCCAGGAACCCCCAGGCCCUGCUCACCAGGACCCCUGGACCACCAGUGGCCGGGCCCUCCCUGCUCACCGCCAGCCCGGCCAGCCUGUUCUUGCUUCCUGGGAGGGGAGGGAGAAACCCGUGCGAGGCCUCAGGGAAACUGCGGAUUUCCCAGGGACACAGGGGGCCCAGGCUGGCCUCUCGGACGGUCGGGCAAGCAGUAAGCCUGCGUCACCGGAGGCCACGCUGAGGAUGCCGACGGGGGAUUUCCUCGACCCUAAGCAGGGGGCCCUUCUGGCCAACCCCGCGAGGCAAGGAGAGAACUUCUCCCCGGGGCCUACAUAUGGCAGCAGGCCGAAGAGGGACCCCCGGCUCCCUCCAGGGGUGGGUAACAGGGAAGCCAGACCCUGCUCUGCAGCUUGCUCCAGUGCUGCCCGGGGCGGCCCACCUGGGCAGGAAGGAAGGGAGGUGGCCCUGCAGGAGCUGGUCGACAAGGAGGAGGAGAGGACGGCUUCCUGCCCACCAGAUGCAGCCCCAGCAAGGAGCGCCCUGCAGAACAAAGCCCGAAACGUUGGGAGCCUGGAGUCCGGGACGGCCCGAUGUUUCAGAGCCUGGUGGCAUCGGGUGCGGAAGCGGCGGGCCGUGGCUGCGGCGGUGGCCCUGGGCCGCCGGCGGCUGUUGCGCAGGGGCCUGCGGGCGCUUCGGUGGGCACUGCGGCUCCGGGAGGCCCAGCUGGAGGUGGCAUGGAAGCGACACACUCAGGCCCUGCUGGCUCAGAGCUUCCGAAAGUGGAGAAACCAGACUCUGCAGCAGAAGCAAGGGCAGCCCCGCAUCCAGGCUGGGCUGGGACCCCCACCGUCUGGGACGGGCCAAGGCCAGAGCCCCUCAGGAAGGGAGCCAGGGGCAGACCCUGCCUGGAGAAGCAGUGUCCCCUUCUCGACUCCCCCACAAGAGAAUGAGGAUGACACCAGCAGAUGUGGACAAAGAUCUCUGCUCAAUCCAGGGAGUCAGAGGGAGGAGGCAGGAGCCUGGCCGGGACCAGAUGGAGGCGAUGGAGAAGUACAGAUGCUUCAGGCCUUGCAGCAACUGGCUGGCUUCCUCUUAUGGUGCCAUCAGAAGGAAUGGGCCAGGCAGGAGAGGAGGGUCCAGGGAGAGGCCUCCCGGGCCACGCUGAGGACUCAGAGGAAGGGGAGACCCCCCCAGGCCUGGUGCUCUCAUGCUGCAGACGCACCCAAGAUGGCCUCUCUGGACACCCAGCAGCAGAGAGCCUGGCUCGGCAGGUGCUUUGGGGCCUGGCAGCAGUUUGUGCAAAGAGGGGCCCGGUACCGGGACCGCCUGGCUCACCGCCGGGCCAGGACCCUGAGGAUAUGUCUGCAGCAGUGGGUGCGAAUGAAGCAGCUCCAGGCCUCAGAUGGAGCGAAGGUGACCCAGCUGUCCCUCUGCCGGCAGAAGGCAGGGAACGUGGCCCUCUGCAGCUCAGCCCCUGGCGUGGCCACAGCCCAAGGCCUGGGGACGAUGGCCCAGGUGCAAGGUGGCAGCUCCCUGCGGGAAGCCUGCCGGAGACUGGCCCUCUGCCGGGCGCUGCUGCUCUGGAGGACGCGGCUCUCCCAGCGUCAGAAGGCUGACUCCUUCCUCCAGGGCAUGCGGCAGCAGAUGAUUCGGCGUAUCCUGAAGGGCUGGUGCCUGAGGGCCUGGGGUCCAGGCACCGCAUCAGACAGUGCCAGGACCACCUGGGCCCCGGAGCUCCUGGGCAGCAUCCCCGGCGGGGAGGACUUGCUGGGCUGCAGCACACCCCGAAGCUCACUAGAGAAGGUUUCCAGGGCCCCCACCCUCCUGGAGACGCUCCGGCUGAGCUUUGUGUGGGCAGCUGGGCAGCAGCAGAAGAGGCGGUGCCUUCUGCUCUGGCAGGUGCGGGCACAGCAGUCCCGGAGGGCAGCGAGGUGGCACCGGUGUGCUCUUCAGAGGCGCAUCCUUCUCGGCUGGAGCCACUGGGCCACAGCCCAAGGGGCCCAGAGAGAGCUGGCUGUUGGCUGGGCCUGGGAUCGGAGCUGCAGGGCCGCGCUGGGCUUGUGGCGGCGGCGGCUGGCGCAGAGGCUGCAGGCAGAGCGGUGCGUUCGGGCCCGGGGUCGCACACUGGUCCGGGGCGCCCUGCGCCGCUGGCACGGCUGCUGGCAGAGGCGGCAGCUCCUGCACGAAAAGUACCAGCAGUGGGUGCAGGUCCAACUCCAGGGCCUGAGGAGGACCGUGUUCCGGGACUGGCGACGGGCAGCAGCUCAUCGGAGACGCACAGCGGCCCCGCCAGAGCAGCCCCUACUGCAGAGCCAUUUCCAGGCCCCGUGUGGAGUUGUGAGAGACACAGGGGUGUUCCCAGCCACCAGAGCCUUCCGGGAUGGCCUGAGAAGGGCCCUGGGGACCACAUUUUCCAUGUGGUGGGAAGCCGGAGCAGCCAAAGCCUGGGCACAGGAGCAGCACGUGGCCCGGGUCCCCGUGACCCACUGGAGAAGCCGUGCACGGGGGGGCCCGACGGACGAGCACCUGAGGAGGGUCCUAGAGGCCUGGGCCCAGGCAGCAGCCAGGGGCCGUGUCCAGGGAGCCGCCAUCACCCAGUUCCGGCAGGCUGCGUCCAGACGCCUCCUGUGGACCUGCUGGGCCCAGUGGCGGGCAGUGCUGCUCAGUGGGCAAUUGGAACCACAGGAGGCAGAGGCCCAGGAGGCCUGCCCGGUUGACCGCAGGCAGCGGCCCGGGGUGGCCAGCAGAGGGCGCCUCCUAGCACUGAUGGACACUCCAGCCCCGUGGAAGCAGGCAGUGGCACCUGAAGCGGGCCUGGCGCGUGUGGCGGCAGCGAGUCCUGCGGCUGCGGGCGGCUCGGCGACUGCAGCAACAGGAAGGCGGCCGGGUCCUUUCCCAGCGUGGGAACAAGGCUCAGUCACAGCACAGCUGCCACUCAACGCUAGCCCACGCUGGGCCUUUGAGAAGUGGUGCCAACAGCUGGCAGCCAGGGGCCGGAAGAGAGGAGCCACCACCAGCCCGGUACCCCCUGAGCAAAGCGGGCAUCGGGACCCUGGGAGCAGGCUGGAAGCUGCUGGGGUGGACGUGGGCGGGGCAAGGGGCCCAGCUGCAGCUGUGACUUGUUCCCAUGGAAAGAAAAACAGAACUGUGCCCAGCCUUCCACUGCCCGUGCCCGCUACCCAGGUUCGCUUUACCAUCCCCGUGGGUCCCAAGUGCAAGGUCACUGGCAGCCCCAGGAGGGGGGUGCUUCUCACCAAAGAGCACUAG